ACUCUCGAUUUAGGGUCUCCUUCUCAACCCAAAAUCACAGCCUCUUACUAUAUUAAAACACACACUUCCCUCUCAACUCACCCUUCAUCUCCUUUUUCUCUGAUAUCACUCGCCUUUCAAAAUGGCUUUGCCGAAUCAGCAAACUGUUGAUUACCCGAGUUUCAAGCUUGUAAUUGUCGGCGAUGGUGGAACUGGGAAAACUACUUUUGUGAAGAGACAUUUGACCGGAGAAUUCGAGAAGAAAUAUGAACCAACCAUUGGUGUUGAAGUUCACCCCUUGGAUUUCUUUACUAACUGUGGAAAGAUUCGAUUUUACUGCUGGGAUACCGCCGGUCAGGAGAAAUUUGGUGGUCUUCGUGAUGGAUAUUACAUUCACGGGCAAUGUGCCAUCAUCAUGUUUGAUGUAACCGCAAGGUUGACCUACAAGAAUGUUCCCACAUGGCAUCGUGAUCUCUGCCGUGUUUGUGAGAACAUCCCGAUCGUACUUUGUGGAAACAAGGUUGAUGUGAAGAACCGUCAAGUGAAGGCAAAGCAGGUUACUUUCCACAGAAAGAAGAACUUGCAGUAUUACGAAAUCUCAGCCAAGAGUAAUUACAACUUUGAGAAGCCAUUCCUUUAUCUUGCCAGAAAGCUUGCUGGGGAUCCCAACUUGCAUUUUGUUGAGUCUCCUGCUCUUGCUCCCCCAGAAGUGCAAAUCGACAUGGCUGCUCAACAACAGCAUGAGGCCGAGCUUGCUGCUGCCGCUAGCCAGCCGCUUCCAGAUGACGACGAUGAUGAUGCUUUUGAAUAGAAAAUGAGGAAUUUGAGAAGGGUUUUGGUUGGUGUUUUUGAUUAUGAAUGAUGAUGUCUGAAUGAUUUAAAAAGCUUUUGGUAGGGAGAUGAGAUUGUUUGUGGGAUAUAUAUCAUCAUCACAUGAUAAUUGUGUUGUGAAGCAAUAUGCAUUUGGGUUGGGUGUUGAGUUUUAACAGCUCCCAAUUUCUUCAUUGUCUUUUUGUUGUUUGUUGGUCCUUUCUGAGGGUUCCAUUUGUUGAUCUAUCUAUUACUAUUCACUACCGUAUUUUAAAGAUAUGAAUAUUAUGUUCCUA